UCAGUCGCGCUAACGCCACCUGCUACGAUGGACUUCCUCAACAAAGUGGUUGUGAUCACGGGCGCAAGUUCCGGAAUUGGGGCAGCCACCGCUGAAUUGUUCUCUAAACAAUCCGCAAGUUUAGUCCUCGUUGGCAGGAACGAAACUUCCUUGAAAGACGUCGCUGAUAAAUGCGAAACUGCUAAAGGUAUCAAACCUCUUAUUGUUAAAGCUGAGAUGAGCAACGAUAACGACGUGAAAAACAUAGUUACAAAAACAAUUGAAACGUUCGGAAGAAUCGAUGUCCUCGUCAAUAAUGCAGGGUUCGGAACCAAAGCUGGAAUUCGUGAUGGCAUCGAUGUGUACGACAGAAUCAUGGCAACAAAUAUGCGGGCGGUUUACCUCCUGACCAGUCUGGCUACGCCUCACCUUGUCAAAAGCAAAGGAAACGUCGUCAACGUUUCGAGUGUCGCCUCAUUCCGAGUAAUCAAGGACUUAGAUUUCCUACCCUAUUGUAUCUCCAAGGCUGCCUUAGAUCAAUUCACUAAAUGUGUCGCUGUGGAGCUAGCUAAGGAUGGCGUUCGGGUGAAUUCUGUGAAUCCAGGCGCUACGAGAACCGCUUUUGUGCAAGCAGCUGGCUAUACCAAGGAACAGUCAGAUGAAAUGUACAAAAUAAGAAACAAAACGAUGCCUUUAGGCAAAGUGGUCGAAAGUGUUGAAGUGGCAGAUCUCAUCAUGUUUUUGGCAAGCGAUCGUGCUCGGAGUAUUACUGGUGCUACUCAUGUCAUUGAUAACGGUGAAAUUUUAGUUUAAUGUGAAAAAAAUAAGCUAGUUUGUAAAUGAAAGUGUAAAUUCUCUUUCCCCUUUCUGUGCUUAUUUGUGCUCAAUUGAUGUGGUAGUAAAGUUCUACGAGGAAAAUCUGCCUUCCAUAUUUUUCUGGUAACAAGAUUGUAGCCUUCGAAAUAAAUAAACCGGACUGCGUGAGCAAUAGACAUUGUACUACAAGAAUAAGAACGUACGAGUUCAAAGGCUAUAGGGGCUAACAUAAAUAGGUCAGAGAGCUUAGCUAAUAUAGACCGUGUUCUUCGAGCCAUUAGUCUUCAUUUUGCAUGCAGUGGAUCUGAUAGUGUGAGGCGCAAAGCAAAAGUUAUGGUAAAGGCAAAUGAAGACUGUAUUUCUCUGGGAAAAGAGUUUUCUAUAAAAUUGUAUGAAUAAAUUAAAAUUGCUUAUUGUUUUCAUAACAACA